ACCGUCAGCAAAAAGAUAUAAUACGACACUUUUUCAAGGUAUCUCUGCAAGAUAUAUUUGCAUCUUUCCCUAUAAAUAAAGAAGAGAGAGAAAAGAAAAGGGUGGCUUUGCAGGCUCAGACACAGUGGAAACGCUUUUUCCUUUUUGUCAAUCUGCCAUCAGCAAUGAGCUGCUAUUCAUCAUCCCUUUUCCUCAACAACAUCCUUUCUCCAUCAACCCAUCUCCACCGUUCAUUCAAGAAUGGUAGAUUGGGUAUUAGAAUCACUGCUUGCCUUAACAUGGAAGUGCAGUCACCCAAUUUGGAGUCAUCCAAGUUGAGCAAAGAGGUGAUUAAGGAAUCUAACAAGGUUUUUGUGGGUACAUAUGCUAGGGCCUCAUUGGUUUUGUCCAGUGGCAAAGGGUGUAAAUUGUAUGAUGUUGAAGGGCAAGAGUAUUUGGACUUGACUUCUGGUAUUGCUGUUAAUGCACUUGGACAUGCUGAUCCUGAUUGGAUUAAGGCUGUUACCCAACAAGCUAAUAUCCUCACUCAUGUUAGCAAUAUCUACUAUUCUCUCCCUCAGCUGGAGCUUGCAAAAAGGCUUGUUGCUAGUUCUUUCGCAGACCGUGUUUUCUUGUCAAACUCCGGAACAGAAGCAAAUGAAGCUGCAAUUAAAUUUGCAAGGAAGUUUCAGAUAUUCUCGCAUCCGGAUGAGCAGCAACCUCCUGUGGAAUUUAUUGCCUUCUCCAAUUGCUUCCAUGGAAGGACAAUGGGUGCUGUUGCUUUGACAAGCAAAGAGCAUUACAGGUCACCUUUUGAACCUGUAAUGCCAGGAGUUAACUUCCUUGAGUAUGGAAAUAUUCAAGCAGCAACAGAACUAAUUCAGAGUGGUAAAAUAGCUGCUGUAUUUGUUGAACCAAUCCAAGGUGAAGGUGGCAUAUAUAGUGCAACAAAAGAAUUCUUACAAGCACUGCGGACUGCCUGUGAUAAUGCAGGUUCUCUUCUUGUCUUUGAUGAGGUUCAAUGUGGUCUAGGAAGAACUGGUCAUCUUUGGGCUCAUGAAGCUUAUGGCAUAUACCCAGAUAUAAUGACUCUUGCAAAGCCUCUUGCUGGAGGUCUACCUAUAGGGGCGGUGUUAGUGACUGAAAGAGUUGCUGCUGCCAUCAAUUAUGGGGAUCAUGGUAGCACCUUUGCUGGUGGUCCUCUUGUUUGCAAUGCUGCUGUUGCUGUGCUGGACAAGAUCUCUGAACCAGCUUUCCUUGCCAGUGUCACCAAGAAAGGUCAAUAUUUCAGGGAAUUGCUAGUUACGAAAUUAAAAGGAAACUCACAUGUCAGAGAAGUACGUGGUGUGGGGCUUAUUAUUGGGAUAGACCUUGAUGUACCAGCAUCUCCACUGCUCGAUGCAUGUCAACAAUCUGGCCUUCUUGUAUUAACGGCAGGAAAAGGAAACGUUGUGAGGCUUGUACCACCAUUGACCAUCACGGAGCAAGAAUUGGACCGUGCAGCUGAAAUCCUAUUCAAUUGUCUUCCAGUACUAGAUAAGACCAACAAGAAUUAGGAUUAAAUGAAGGGAUUUUGCAUUUCUACCUUUAUGUGGAGCUUCACAGAGCCAGAUGCAUUGCUGAUGUAGAUCACUUUCAUGAGAAGUAUAGGAAGUGUAUCUGUGCGCAAUGUUAAAGGUAUCAUCUUUGAUGAAGCUCAUGUUGUACCUGAUUGCAUCAUUUUGUUGGCUGAAGAUUCAUUUAGGAGCAAAUUGGUUCUCGGAACAGUUUAUAAGUGUUAGAUGUAUCGUCAAUUUUCACCAGCUGAAUUAAAGCUGAUGGAUGGUGUCCACUGUAAUAAAGAUUAUAUCCAUUGAAACUUUUGUUUUGUGUAUGAAUAAACAUAAUGUGUCAGGUUGCAUCCUUA